GUCCCUGGGAGAGGAGAGGGGAGAGAGUCUAGUGAAAACUGAAAAAUUCUUCCUUUCUGAGUAGUAUUAAUGAAUUGGGCUUUAAGUAAGGUUUUUUAGUUCUGUUCUGUUCACUCUGUUCUCACUGAAUGAUCACCUUCGGGGUGGUGAGGGUGUUCUUCUGGGUCCUGGGUUUCUGCCGUGCAAUCGGACAGAUGGGAUUAUCUCAGAACCCAUCUGUCUAGUGGACUGCCUGGUUUGAGUGAUCUUCUUCAUAUUUUCAACAGCCAAUCUGGCUAUUUUGGACGAUUUCAACAAUGGGGUUUGAUUCGUUUGAAGCGGCUAAUGGCUCGCAAAUGCUUGAAGUUGAGUGGGAUGAUUCUUCUUUGAAUCCAUUGAAGAACAUGGAUAUAGCUUCACGACACAAGCGCUCUAAGAGUUAUCCUGAUAAGAGACUCAAGGAAGAACUGCGUCGUCUAAAAAUGGACAUGAGCCAAGGGGAGGGCCAUGCUGAACCCAAGGAGAACCAAUCUAAGUUGGGAGUACAGAGCUCUUUGAAGCAAGAGAUUUUACAGCUUGAGAAGCGAUUACAGGAUCAAUUUGUGGUACGGGGUGCAUUGGAAAAGGCAUUGGGCUAUAGUUCUUCCUACCAUGAUAUUUCAAAUGACAACUCAAUGCCAAAGCCUGCCAAGGAAUUGAUCAAGGAAAUUGCAGUGUUAGAGAUGGAAGUUGUGUAUUGGGAGCAAUAUCUUCUCUCGCUGUACCGUAAAGCUUUUGACCAGCAAAUUUCUGACUUAUGUCCAUCUACCAUGGAUGAAAGGGUGAAAUCACCUUCAUUCACAAAAAAAGAUAUGUUCCUGAAAAUUUCUGGACUUGAUAUAUCAUCAGAGAGAGAAAAUUUAGCUGUUCAAUCAUCUCGCUUUCCAUUGAAUCGGAAUACAUUUCCCAAGGCAUGGAAGGAUUUCAGUGAUGUACAGGGUGCCAAAAAACUAUUAGAUUCUGGCAUUCACCUCAGCCAUUCUUCAUUGUGUCAUCGUUCAGCUUGUUCAACUGUAACUCCUCUACCAAUGGAAGCUUGGGCAUGGAAGGAUUUUAACAAAUUAGAUGGUGCCAAAAAGCUAUUAGAUUCUGGCAUUCACCGCAGCCAUUCUUCAUUGUGUCAUCGUUCAGCUUGUUCAACUGUAACUCCUCUACCAACGGAAACUCAGGCAUUGAAGGAUUUCAGCAAUGUACAGGGUGCCAAAAAGCUAUUAGAUUCUGGCAUCCACCGCAGUCAUUCUUCAUUGGGUCAUCGUUCAGCUUGUUCAAUGGUAACUCCACCAAUGGAAACUCAGGCAUGGAAGGAUUUCGGUGAUUUACAAGGUGCCAAAAAGCUAUUAUAUUCUAGCAUUCACCUCAGCCAUUCUUCACUGUGUCAUCGUUCAGCUUGUUCAGCUGUAACUCCUCUACCAACGAAAACUCAGGAUGUAGAGGGUGCCAAAAAGCUAUUAGAUUCUGGCAUUCACCGCAGUCAUUCUUCAUUGAGUCAUCGUUCAGCUUGUUCAAUGACAACUCCACCAAUGGAAACUCAGGCAUGGAAGGAUUUCAUUGAUGUACAGGGUGCCAAAAAGCUAUUAGAUUCUGGCAUUCACCGCAGCCAUUCUUCAUUAUGUCAUCGUUCAGCUUGUUCAACUACAUCUCCACCAACUGAAACUCUAGAUAGAGCUUCUAGAGCUUUACGAGCUUGCCAUUCUCAACCCUUGUCUCUGCCGAAGAAUGCCACUUCAAAUGUAAUCAGUUUGGCAGAACAUCUUGGUACUAGUAUAGCUGAUCAUGUUCCUGAGACACCUAAUAGGAUUUCAGAGGAUAUGAUUAAGUGCAUGACAGCUAUAUAUUGCAAGCUUGCAGAACCCCCUCUGAUGCAUGAUGGCCUUUCAUCUUCUCCUAUCUCAUCCUUGUCAUUAGGUAGUGCUUUUUCUCCACGGGAUCAGAAUGAUUUGUGGAGCCCUCGGCACAGGAAAGAUUCUCCUUUUGAUGCAUUGCUAGAUAAUCCUUUAUAUGUGGAAGGGAAAGAGUUUAGUGGACCUUACAGCACAAUGGUAGAGGUACCAAGGAUUUGUAGGGAUAAUCAGAAACUGAGUGAGAGUAAAGACAUGCUACAAAAUUUUAGGUCACUUGUUUGUCGAUUGGAAGAAGUUGAUCCUAGAAAGAUGAGGCACGAAGAGAAGCUUGCUUUCUGGGUCAAUGUACAUAAUGCUUUGGUGAUGCAUGCAUUUUUGGCUUGUGGAAUUCCUCAAAAUAAUAUGAAAAGAGUUUCUUUACUCCUUAAGGCUGCAUACAACGUGGGAGGUCACUCCAUUAGUGCAGACACGAUACAGAGUUUUAUUCUGGGAUGCCGUAUGCCUCGUCCUGGGCAGUGGUUUCGUUCGUUUUUUCCUACGAAGACAAAAUUCAAGGCUGGAGAUUAUCGGCAAGCAUAUGCAAUUGAACGACCAGAACCACUUUUACAUUUUGGUCUUUGUUCAGGAAGCCAUUCUGAUCCUGCGGUGCGUGUAUACACUCCCAAGAGAGUGUUCCAAGAGCUUGAAGCUGCAAAAGAGGAGUACAUUUGGGCUACCUAUGGGGUACGCAAGGAACAGAAGCUCAUUUUACCGAAAAUUGUAGAGUCUUAUGUAAAAGAUAAUGGAUUGAGUCCUUCUGGUGUAGUGGAGAUGAUCCAACAGUGUAUACCCGAGAGUCUGAUGAAGACCACCAUUCACAAGAGUCAGAACGGGAAAACCAGCAAGAGCAUUGAAUGGGUACCUCACAACUUUGCGUUCCGGUACCUAUUAUCCAAAGAACUUGUGAAAUGACUGGGUUCACAAAAACUGUCCCAAAAAUUCCCAUAUCAAGGGAAACAUAAUGAUCACAGAACUCAAGAUGGUUGGUUUUCUGGAAAGUCAAGUUUUGGUUUUCCCCUUUCUUACUUUUCUCCAUUUUGUACAAAUGAAAGAGAAGAUUAAGCAACAUAUUGUAGGAUAGAUUGAUUGCCUUCAUUUUGUAUAUUGUAAUCCAUGUCAUUCUGUAUUAUGUAAUGAGAAGCAUUGUUGUUUUUGAA